GGUCUGGAGUUGGAACGGCUGCUUGUUCUGGCUAUGAGCUUAUGAUGCGAUUUCCCGUAAAAUUAAGAGUUGGAAGUGUGCAAAUAGCCAAACACAGAAGAUGAUGGUUUCCAUCUAGAAACCAUGAAGAAUGAAGAAGACGACACCAACAGCAACAACAGAGGGAAAGAUCAAAUGGAAUCGAAUUCCUCUUCUCCUUCUUCCAUCGAUUCCAGGUUCAAUCAGACUCUACGAAGCGUCCAAGGACUUCUCAAGGGACGGAGCUUUCCUGGUAAAGUGUUGUUAACUCGUAGAUCAGAUCCAUUGAAUGACUCAACUAUGCGCUCUCCUGAUUCUGGAAGGAGAUUAUCUUUUGAUGACAGAGUGCCAAGUGACCUAACAGAUUGUUCGGUGGAGGAUGAAAACAGAAGUAGAAGCAAGCAAAAUGCUAAUUCUUCUAUCAGCAAAGGAAACUCAAUGUCAAAUACUGAUAGUACCAGCGAAGAGACCCACCCUAAGCCAUCUUUGGGUGCAAGAGCCACUGACUCAGCGAGGCUUAUGAAGUUCACCAAAGUAUUAUCAGAGACAAAUGUUGUCUUAGAAAAAUUGCGGGAGUUGGCCUGGAGUGGCAUUCCCCCAUAUCUACGUCCCACCGUAUGGAGACUUCUUCUGGGAUAUGCACCCACUAAUUCAGAUAGAAGGGAAGGGAUUUUAAGAAGAAAACGACUAGAGUAUCUUGAUUGUGUUUCUCAAUAUUACGAUAUUCCUGACACCGAGCGUACAGAUGAGGAGAUAAACAUGCUUCGUCAGAUAGCUGUUGAUUGUCCUAGAACAGUACCUGAUGUCGCCUUUUUCCAUCAACCCGCGAUUCAGAAAUCUCUGGAGCGUAUACUCUAUACAUGGGCAAUACGACACCCUGCAAGUGGAUAUGUUCAGGGUAUCAAUGAUCUCGCGACACCCUUUCUAGUUGUUUUCCUAUCAGAACACGUGGAGGGGAGUAUGGAUAGUUGGUCGGUCUUUGAUCUGUCUACAGAGAAGAUCAAUAAUAUUGAAGCUGAUUGCUACUGGUGCCUAACCAAGUUGCUUGAUGGAAUGCAAGAUCAUUACACAUUUGCUCAACCUGGAAUCCAGAGGCUUGUCUUUAAGCUGAAGGAGUUGGUUAGGCGGAUUGAUGAACCCGUUUCAAGACAUAUUGAAGAGCAAGGGCUAGAAUUCCUUCAGUUUGCUUUCCGGUGGUUUAAUUGCCUUCUUAUACGGGAGGUACCUUUCAACCUUGUUACUCGAUUGUGGGACACUUACCUCGCAGAAGGAGAUGCGUUGCGCGAUUUCCUUAUUUACAUUUUUGCCAGUUUUCUACUAACAUGGUCGGAGAAGCUCCGAGAGCUGGAUUUUCAAGAGAUGGUAAUGUUUCUCCAGCACCUUCCUACUGAAAAUUGGACUCACCUGGAACUUGAGAUGGUGUUUUCUAGAGCAUACAUGUGGCACUCCAUGUUCAACAGUUCUCCCAGCCAUUUAGCUAACUGAGUGAGAACGGUUUUCAACUGUUUAUGUUUAAUUUUGUUUUUCUACUAUUUUCUGUUAUUUCAUUUUGCUAUAUGUUCAAUUGUAGUAGUAGUAAUAGUAGGGAAAAACAUGUUAAUUUGUACCAUUUGUAACUUCUGUAUCUUUUCAGUGUGUUUUUGUUCUCAUACUCGAGGAGAGGACAUGUGACAAAACUUAUUUCUUGACUAAUCUUAUGUGUUUCUCUUUCUCUGUUUA